AUUUUUUGCGCGAUCAUUCAACGAGGAUAUUCGCAAAUAUAAAGUCAGUUAAUAUUGCUGUGAUUAAUUGUUAAGUAUUUAAAUAAUUAAGAAUGGUUCUCACGAAGGAAUAUCGCAUUUGUAUGCCGCUCACCACGGAAGAGUAUCGCAUUGGUCAGUUAUAUAUGAUCGCCAGACAUAGCCAUGAACAAUCUGAUAACGAUGAGGGAGUAGAAGUGGUAGAAAAUACCACCUGUGAAGAUCCUGUUCACGGAAAGGGUCAAUAUACUGAAAAAAGGAUCCAUCUCUCAAGUAAACUCCCUUACUGGAUACAGUCCAUCUUACCUCGUAUAUUUUAUGUGACGGAGAAAGCAUGGAAUUAUUAUCCUUUCACUAUUACAGAAUACACUUGUUCCUUUUUACCAAAGUUUCACAUAGCGAUAAACACUCGAUAUGAAGACAACAAUGGUUCCACAGAGAAUUGCUUAGGAUUGUCGCCCAUUGAAUUAAUUCAUCGGGAGGUUGAUUUUGUGGACAUUGCAUACGACGAGAUCUCUGCAAAACAUUACAAAGAAGAAGAAGAUCCAAAGUUUUACCAAUCAAAACGAACAGGACGUGGUCCUCUGGUUGAAGGUUGGAGAGAUACGACACAACCUAUAAUGUGUUCGUACAAAUUAGUUCACGCAUCGUUCGAGGUCUGGGGCAUGCAGACGCGAGUAGAGGAUUUCAUACAUAGAUGUAUAAGGGACAUCUUGCUGCUGGGCCACAGACAAGCCUUUGCCUGGAUCGAUGAAUGGUAUGACAUGAACUUGGAGGACGUGCGGCAGUAUGAGCAGAAGAUGCAGACCGAAACGAACGAGAAGGUCAGAUUGAGGAAUCAGCUCAACGAGAGGCAGCCCGACACACCAACUUCACCCUCUUCACCCGCGCCAACCACGCCGACGGCAAAAUCGCCCACGCAAUCGAAUCGAUCGUGGUUUUCUUGGUCGUUAAAAAACACUGGCAAAAGGGUGAUGGGCAAGGGAGAUCCGCGCAGUUCAGAACACUCAGACGGAGGUCCUGAUAAAGUCAAGUGUCUCAAAAGAUCUAAGACAAUUCCUAGAAGUGCGUCCUGUCCCUCGUGCAGUCUGGAUUGUCCAGAAGCCUUGACUGUUCAACUACCACGGAAUUUAGAUGAAGAUUCAAAUCUGCAGCCAAGAGUCCUACGAGAUUUUCCCGUUAAUUCGCUCCGAAAUUCUCUUCACUCCAAUUUGAUACGAGAAGGAAUUUCCCAGGACACAACAUACGAUAAUAAUAUUCUACCGAGUCAAAAUUCAGCGUUCCUCAGAAACUACAAGAGCUUCUCUCCACAAGAACCAGCGAGCAGAAAUUUAUUCUUCAAAAAUGUUCUUAAUAGGUUUCCGAAAUUUUUAGACAGGCGAGAAAUAUUUUCUCAGGAUAAAUCUGCGAGUAGAUAUCCUCUUGCUCGCGUUCUUCCAUCGAAGCCAAUUUUCAGAUCGGAAAAUGUCUUCAGGAAUCCUCGUAAUAAAUAUUUCAGCUCUUCGUUAGAUAGAAACUUCGAGAAUAAUAUAAAAGACAAAAAGGAUCCUACAAAUAAAAUGCUCGUCGUUUAUCGUGCCGAUAAAGACACAGAGCCUUUGAAUUCAAGAGACGCUUCUUUUUCAAACAUCUUGCCACAAAGAUUCAGCCCGAAGAUCGAAAACCCUUUCCGAUUCCGCCGGGAUCCGGUUCCUCACAUCUUCGAUGAAAAAAGAAAUACAAUCGAAAAAUCUCCGCGCGCAACUCCUGUUAAUCAGCAAUACAGCCUAACGUAUCCCCGAAAAGGAUAUAAUUCCAUCCUGCCAGAAAUUAAACGUGAUCCUUACGUUCAUCCUCUUGAAAAUAUAAAUAUUUGGAAGCCGACAAAAAAUGAUGAGUUGUUCGAUAAUUGGGACAACAUAAAAGAUUCAUCACAAUCUUUAAAUGUGGAACAGUUAAAGCAAGCUGAAAAUAAUUUCUUAGAAAUGUAUCCUGUGAAAGGACAAGAAAUUAUCACCGAGGAUAAUAAUAAGCAAAUCAAUAAAUCUUAUGUAUUCCCCCAAAAUUUAGAUAAUUUAGAAUUUAGGGAACAGAUGGAUGAUGGAAAAAACUUCGAUGAUUGGGAUUACGCCGCAUACAAAAAUUCGCAAGAAUCCGCAAAAAUUAAUCAAUUGCAGGAAGUUGGAAAGAAUUGGCUGCAAGUGUUUCCCGCGAUGGAAAGAAACAUCAAAUACUUUGAAAAUGAGAAAGGCAAGGAUAAGAAAUUCGCGGAGCAGGAAAAUAUGAAUCAGGAAUAUUUUGAAGAUGACAUUGCACAGGAUGCUAUCAAGACUAAACAAAGUAGAUAUAAUCCUUACGCUUUUCCCCAGAAUAUGAAUAAUUGGAAGACAAUACAGGAUAAAGAACUUUUCGAUAACUUGGAUUUUACGCACAAAGAUUCACAAGAGACGGAUCAAUUGGAGAUGUAUUCUGAAGAGAAUAAUGAUAAGUUCUUUCAGAAUUUGGAAAACGAAGAUAUAAUCCUUGAAAGUAAAACACAAGCUAAUGAUGAUCGAAUUAAUCGUGCACCCAUGAUUAAUGCCUAUAAUGCUUACAUUCUUCCUCGACACUUAAAUAUUUUAAAUGAUGCAAAGUAUCCUGUCGAUUCCUCGGAGAUACAAAAAAUACCAGAAGCUAAAAAUAAUAUAUUACAUGCGAAUCCUAUGGAAGAAAGAGAUGAAAAGUUCUUUGUGGACGAUGAUAUUAUUCAAAAUGACACGGCUAUGCAAGAUUUGAUUCUAUCUGAGGAUAUUUUUGAUAUGGAUGAAUAUAGCAGCCAUGUUGUAGACAAAAAGAAUAUAAGAGAUAACACUCAGGUUUUGACGAGAAUUGAUCCUGAUCUGUUGGAUGAUAUUGAAGAUCUCCCACUAGAACCAACUGAAUCGACAUCAAUGGAAUCCCUUGCAGAACUUUCCACACCCAAAUAAUAAUAAUAGAAAGUUGUUAGCAUUAUACAUGAUAUGUUACAUUUAACGAGUCAUCUUUUAUCUGAAGUCUUUUUUUAGAGUCAAUUUUUUCUUAAUAAAAAAGCAUCUCUCUCUCUCAAGAGAUCAAUAAUU